AAUUAAUUUAAUUAUUUACGCAAUUUACCCCCCAAAACCGAAGCCAUGGCAAUGGCGAUGGAGAGGAAGAUGCAACCGACGCGGUGAAGUGAAAUGCAAGCAUCGCCUUCUUCUCUCUUCCCGUUAAAACCUCCACAGAUCUGCCAAACGCAGACGAAGAAACUUCAGCAGAUGCUCAGCCUUCCUUCUCUUCUCCGGCUGGUAAUCCGCCGCGAAUUUCCUUUCUCGUCAAUUCUCCUUUUUCCGAUCUGAACUCACCUCCUCGCAUUCAAUCGCACGGUUUAGCCAUCAUCUCUCUGCAUUCUAUUCAGUUUUUAACGGAUCUUUUGAUUACUGGAUGUGACCUAUACUAGUUAGAAUCACAACUAUUCAGGACAUUCCCCAUGUUUGAAAGUCCUGGAGCAUCUCAUAGUCCUCAUCUUCGCAAACUGGGCAAUAGAGCUGUUGUCUCGGACCUAGGUAUAAGCGAUCCUGCAAAUAGUGUCCAAGAAGGUUAUGUGUUUCCAUUGGUGCUGGGUGAAAUGAAGGGUGCAAGUUUACCACUGCCGAGUGCAGUUAUAAUGCCUUCUCCCAUCUUGCUCUGGAGGUUUAAGGUUAUGUUGUUUUUUCUGUGGGGUUUCAUUUGUUGCAAGAUUGGAUGGAAUUCAGUCAUGAGAAUGAGUGCAGACUUACGGGAUUUGUUCUUAUAUGAGGCCUUCUUGUACUAUAACCCUCUUCUUCUUGUGACAAUGAUAUUUUGGCUCUGGGGAGUGAGCUUAUGGGUUUUCUCACAGGGCAGUGUUAAUUAUGCAAAAAUUUUUGAUCUUGAUCAAAAUCAUCUUACUCACAAAGAUAUAUGGAAGUGUAGUGUUUGGAUGACCAUUAUUGUCCCAACUAGCAUGACAGCAUACCUGUAUCUCUACUCCCAUGGAGAAGUAUCAUUGGCUGCAUCACAACCAGUGUUCCUGUAUAUUGCUGUUACUUUGGUUUUGAUAUUCCCCUUUGACAUUUUUUAUUUGUCAUCUCGUUACUUUUUACUGAGGACAUUAUGGAGGAUAGCUCUCCCCCUUCAGCCAAUUACAUUUCCUGACUUCUUUUUGGCUGAUGUCCUGACCUCCAUGGCUAAGGUAUUUUCAGAUUUGGAACGUUCAGUUUGCCGUAUGGUUCAUCGCCAGGUGGCCACCAUUGCAUGGUUUGAAGCUGAUUCAGUUUGUGGUAGUCACUCUGCUGCAAUUCCACUGGUGCUUGUUUUUCCCUAUAUUUGGCGGUUGAUGCAAUGUCUUCGUCAAUACAAGGAUACAAAGGAAAAGGCUACACUUUUUAAUGGUAAUGUAUUUCUGUUAUUUAUGUCAUCUUUUCGUUUAAUCAUUUAUAGUUUUGGAAAGAUGUUGAACAUUAGCAUUAUGCAUCAUUUUCGAGGUAAGUUGCAAUCAUUCUUUGUCCCUUAGUUAACCGAUAGCAAGAAUUAUGAACUAGUAACUUGUGCAGCAUUUAUGUCUGAAGAAAUUUCUUAAAUUUUGUUGUUUGUAAACACUUGAAUCAUUUCAGUAUAUUAAGUUUGCAAUGAUUCAGCCACUGGUUUUGUUCUGUUUUAUAUAAAAGAUUUGAUCAGCAUAUGUAUGGCUAUUCUUCAAUCCUUAUUCUUUGCUACUGCAUUAUUGUAACCCCAUUUGAAUGUGGUUUUCAGCCUUAAAAUAUUCGACAGCAGUCCCUGUGAUUUUUCUUUCGGCCCUUAAAUAUCAUGUCUUACCUGAUAGGUGGACAUCCAUUUAUCGUCCACUCUGGCUUCUCUCAAGUCUGGUUAACUCGCUCUAUUCAUUCUAUUGGGAUGUAACUCGUGAUUGGGACAUGAGUGGCUUUUCUAGGAUAUUCAAGUUCAACAAACCAAAUCACCUUUCAAACCUGUUAUAUGGCCAGAAAUGGGUAUUUUUCUGGGUAAUUAGUAGCAAUCUGAUUCUGCGUUGCACAUGGACAUACAAACUAUCUGCUCAUCUCCGCCACAACUACCUAACUGUGUUUACUGUCACAGUCUUGGAGAUGCUUCGACG